GCAGCGCAAGCCGGGGAGCUAAAGAAUUCUCCUUCUCGUAUAAGAAGUCGCGUAGGCGAGCAUUUGGAAACAGUCUUUGCUUGCAACUCUUGCCGUUUAUAUCGUACAUAUAAUACUUGGAUUUUUGGAGUUUCAUCCCGAAAUAACCCCCAAAUGGGCGUCAUCUAUAAGAUACUGAAGCAACAGCGCCGCGGCAUGGAUCUCAGCCUGAGCUCGGCCACACGUUGCAAGGUGCAGGCGGCCAUCAAGCAGCGGCAGCAGCAACAACAGCGUCGCCUCGAUCAGGAUAAGGAUAGCCAUCAGGAUAGUAAUGAUCUGGAUCGGGAUCAGCAGUCACAAAAGGAGGACCUGGCGGAGCAGCAGUUGCAGCAGCUGUGCCGAUUUUUGGCCGAGAAUGCCAGUCGAAAGAAGAGACAACGUUGCCUUAAACUAGAAUAUCCCUGCGAGAUGGCUGACCAAACCGACCAUGACCAGGAUCACGUUCAAGUUUCCGUCGAAACCGAAUCAACUUCCAGAAAAGAGCAAUUCUUAGCCCAAUCCCCCGAUGAGAUGGAAGUGGACUUCAUAGAGGAUCUCCAUCAGGUCUCCACGCCGCAUCCUGCCGCUGCAGCUCCUCGGGAUAGUAUCCUCCUAAAAAUACGCCAUCAGAUCUUUGAAAGGAAACGACAAAGACAACGCCAAUUGGCGGAAAUUGUACAACAACGUUUGGUGGUCUGGCGACCUUGGUAGAGAAUUCUUCGCAGAAUUCUUCCCAGAGAAAGAGAGAACUGAGAACUAGUCUUAGGAUUUUUUUGUAUAAGUUUAUAAGAACAACGCUUUCGGUAUUAUUCCUGCUCUUCCAUUUAUAUCCCGCACCAUAUACAAUUAAUUAUUUUUUUUCUGUUAA